GGGGAACUACGCGUCCCAGGAGGCACCGCGCGCGCUGGCUGGUUUCGGCGGCGGCGGUCUUUCGGGUCCGCAGCGGCUUUCCUUCCCCGCCCGCUCUCGAACGCUCGCUCGCACCUCUUUCUACGCGAGUCCCCGGCUUCGGUUAAGGCCUACCUCCCUCGGGCGACAUGGCGCGGCCGUCCGUGCCCAGCUCUCAGAAGGCGCUGCUGCUGGAACUGAAGGGGCUUCAGGAGGAGCCGGUGGAGGGUUUCCGAGUCAGCCUGGUGGACGAGGGGGACCUCUACAACUGGGAGGUGGCCAUCUUCGGGCCGCCCAAUACCCACUAUGAGGGUGGCUACUUCAAAGCUCCGGCUCCGUUCCCCAUCGACUAUCCUUAUUCACCCCCAGCCUUCAGGUUCCUGACAAAAGAAAUGUGGCAUCCCAACAUAUACGAGACUGGAGAUGUUUGCAUCGCUAUCCUUCACCCACCAGUGGACUCCACCCACAAAGUGGGAGAGCUGCCUUCGGAAAGAGUGUGGAACCCUACUCAGAACGUGAGGACAAUCCUCCUUAGCGUGAUCUCGCUGCUCAACGAACCAAACACGUUCUCUCCGGCCAACGUUGAUGCUUCGGUGAUGUACAGGAAAUGGAAGGAGAGCAAAGGGAAGGAUCAGGAAUACACGGAUAUCAUCAGGAAGCAAGUCCUCGGAACCAAGGUGGAUGCCGAACGGGACGGAGUGAAAGUUCCCACCACGCUAGCCGAGUACUGCGUAAAAACGAAGACUCCCGCGCCCGACGAAGGCUCCGACCUUUUCUACGACGACUAUUACGAGGAUGACGAGAUGGACGACGAAGUUGACAGUUGCUACGGUGACGAGGAUGACUCCGGCAAUGAGGAAUCUUGAUGAGGGACCCCCCAAGACCCCUCCUCCACCUCCUCUCCCUCCCACCCACCUACCCACCCACCCACCGGCACCGCUGCCCCCCGAGGUAGCAAUAAACUGUCUUGACUUUUUUUUGUACUUGAACCCAGGAGGUGACACCUGGCUGCAACCUGGAACCCUGUCUAGCCCUGAGAAAACUCUCUACCUCAAAAAAGGGAGACUCGGCUUCUGCUUGGAGGGGCGGGCGGGGCAGGGGGUGCGCGCUGCCGGGUGUUCUGUGAGGUCGGGGGUCUCGUUUCCUCUCCAGCUGGGAGAACGGAAGAAGAGGGCAGCUGUUCCUACAGACCCAUCCCUGGAUCUUGCCGGAAAUCAAGCAGGUGCUUCCGUCGGCACUACGGAGAAGGCAAAGGAAGCAUUGCCCCCCCACCCCCACCCCCCGCCAGGAUAUCAGACGGCACAGUGUCCGUGUGCGCGUGCUAUUUUUUUAAUGCAGCAUUACUUUGGGAGAAUUCUUAGCAAGGGCUGUUUAGGAAAGCAGGGUGGGCAGAAUAGGCGGGUCGAACACAUCGACUGUAGUUUUCUCUAGCCGGCCCUUUAUCUCUUUAGAGCAUUUUAAGAGGAUUUUCCCCCCGCCAGAGCCCGACUGAAAUUUGCAGUGCCACGUUUAGCCACUGGAGGGCGCUUGUGUUCCGCUGCGAAUUUCUGGACAUUUUUAAUUCCUCUACUACUACUACUUGGGGGGAUCCCGCCCCAACGCUUUCAUUUGCAGCUGGGAUAUGCGAGGAAACCCAGCGGAGCUGUUGGAAAGAGGUCGGAGUUCAGGGGCAGACAGUGAUGGGGGCGGGGGAGGAAACUGUUUUGUCAACACAGGGUGGGCGUUCUUGCUUUUCUGGUCUUUAUUUUUUUCCCCCUUCUUUGUUUUGAUUCUAUUUAAUAAAAGGACUUUGAAAUGAAGACGCA